UUGGGGUUUGGGCCUAUUUGGGGACUCUGGGGGUGCCACCGAGGCGCCACCGAGGUGCCACCAUGGCCCUGCCCUCGGUGUACGGGGACAAGCUGGCCGAGAAGCUGACGCUGCUCAACGAGCGCGGCCGGGGGGUCCUCGUCAGGGUUUACAACCUCAAAAAGACGUGCUCGGACCCCCGCACGCGGCCGGCCUUCCUCGGGGACAAGGCCAUGGAGGCCUCGGCCAAGUUCAUCCUGAAGAAAUUCCCGCACCUGGACGUGCGCAGCAGCACCCAGCACCUGGGCCCGGUGCACAGGGACAGAGGGGACAUCGUGCGGGCGCUGGCCCCGUUCUACCAAACCUUCCUGGACGUGCUGGAGUUCCGGGACCACGUCUACGAGCUGCUCAACACCAUCGACGCCAGCCAGUGCUUCUUCGACAUCCACAUCAACUACGACCUCACCAAGGGCUACCUGGACCUGGUUGUCACCUACGUGUCCCUGGUGCUGCUGCUGGCGCGCGCCGAGGAGCGGCGCCUGCUGCUGGGGCUCUACCAGUGCGCGCACGAGAUGAGCCACGGCGCCAGCGAGCCCAGCUUCCCCCGGCUGGCGCAGAUGGUGCUGGAGUACGAGCACCCCCUGAAGAAGCUGCCCGAGGAGUUCGGGCCCCACACCAAGGCCGUGAGCAGCGCGCUGCUGUCCCUGCGGGCCCCGUUCCUGCGGCGCUGCCGGGACGCGGAGCUGUGGCGCCAGGAGCAGCUGCUGUCCCUGCUGGGACCCGCGGGGGACAUGCUGAGCCCGGUGACCAGUGACAGCAUGGCCUGUGAGUACCUGUCCCUGGAGGUGAUGGAGCGCUGGAUCAUCCUGGGGUUCCUGGCAUGCCCGGGCGCCCUGGGCACCCCCCCGUGCCAGGAGCUGUGGCGCCAGGCCCUGCGCGGGUCCCUCUUUGUGCCCCUGGUGCGCGACGAGGCCGUGGCCGUGCACAGGGUGACCGAGGAGCUGCUGGGGGGGCUCAAGGGGUACGGGAAGCGCGUGGCCGACGUCAAGGAGUGCCGGGAGCACGCGGCGGCGCACAGCCCGGCGCUGCACCGGGGCCGCCGCUCGUUCCUGCGCGGGGCCGUGCGGGAGCUGGCGGCGCUGCUGGAGGAUCAGCCCGGCCUGCUCGGACCCAAGGCCCUGCUGGUGUUCGUGGCGCUGUCGCUGUGUCGCGACGAGGUGAGCUGGCUGUCGCGACAUGCCGAGCACGUGACCAAGAGCAAGAACCCCGAGGACUUCAGCGACAGCCGCCUGGCGGAGCUGCUGUUCGCGCUGGAGCAGCUGCGGGCCCUGGUGCGGCGGCACCUGCGGCUCCUGCGCCGCUACCACCGGCACUACCUGGCCCGCUUCGACGCCCUCGUGCUCAGCGACGUCAUCCAGAACCUCUCGGUGUGCCCCGAGGAGGAGUCGGUGAUCCUCUCGUCCUUCGUCAGCUCCCUCUCGGCUCUGGCGGCCAAGGAAGUGGAUGAGCAGGAGCAGUUCGACUUCACCGCGCUGCACCUGGACUGGUUCCGGCUCCAGGCCUACACGAGCGUGGCCAAGGCCGCGCUGCCGCUGAGCUCCAACGCUGACGUUGGCCGUGCCAUGAGCCUGGUGGUGUUCCACACGCGCCUGCUGGACCGGCCCGAGGAGCUGCUGGACGAGACCUCCGACCUGUCCCACCUCUGUUUCUACCCCCGUCCCCUGGAGCGCAUGUUCGCGCAGACGCUGGACGAGCCGUCCAUGCUGCGUUUCGCCAUCGCCUUCCCCCUGCUCUGCGCCCACUUCUCGCGCUGCCAGCACCCCAUGUGCCCCGAGGAGUACCCCCAGCUGGAGGCGGCGGCGCUGGGGCUGUGCCACAAGUUCCUGGAGGAGCUGGCGCGGGUGGGCAGCGGCUGCGUCCUGGACGCCUGCGCCGAGCAGCACAACCUGAGCCAGCAGGUCUGUCCCAAGCACUGUGCAGCCACCAUCAGCAGAGCCCGCGUCAAGAAAACCCCGAAGCAGCCGCCCCGCAAGGGGGACCCCCAAAGGGACAAACCGGGGACAGAGAGCCACCGGCGGGACCGGACCCUGACCACCAACAUGGACAAGCUGCACCUGACCCUGGCCGAGCUGUCCCUGAGCCUCAACCACGUCCCCAACUUCACCGUCUUCGGGCACACGGUGACACCGGCCGAGUACCUGAGCAGCCACCUGGAGGCGCGCCUGACCAAGGCCAUCGUGGCCAUGGCCGGGUACAGCCAGGCCUCGCAGGAGGUGGCGCGGCCCUCGGAGGUGCUGGCGGGGCUGGGCGCCUACAUGGGGCUGGUGCAGCGCCUGGGACACCUGGUGGCCCUGGACACGGCGCGGCUGCUGCGGACGGUGCUGCUGCAGCAGAGCCACCCCCGCGACGGCAGUGGGCAGCCCACGCUGACCGCCAUCUACACCAACUGGUACCUGGAGGCGCUGCUGCGCCAGGCCAGCACCGGGGCCGUGCUCCUGUCCCCGGCCCUCCAGGCCUUCACCACGGUGCCCCGCGAGGAGCAGCCCCCGUUCAGCGCCGCCGAGUUCUCCGACGUCUCAGAGAUGCGGGCGCUGGCCGAGCUCAUCGGGCCCUACGGGAUGAGGUUCCUGAGCGAGAACCUGAUGUGGCACGUGGGGUCCCAGGUGGCAGAGCUGAAGAAGCUGGUGGUGGAGAACAUGGACACGCUGGUGCAGCUGCGCUGCUGCCGGGCUGAGCAGAGGCCGGCGCUGCUGCCCCGCCUGAGCUGA